CAACAAAACCCCUUCUACAAACUCUCCCCAACUCUGGUACCUAAACCCAAGAAUCCUCUCCUCUUCUACAAACAAGAAUGGAGAUUGACAGAGGGGAUGGGCGCAAGCCAAAUCAAUUAAGACCAGUGGCUUGUUCUCGCGGCAUUCUAAACCGUGCUCACGGCUCCGCCAGUUGGUCUCAAGGAGAAACCAAAGUUCUUGCUGCAGUUUAUGGACCUAAGGCUGGGACAAAGAAGAAUGAAAACCCGGAAAAGGCUUGCUUUGAGGUCAUAUGGAAGCCUAAAACAGGGCAGAUAGGGAAACCCGAAAAAGAAUGUGAGAUGAUAUUGAAGCGGACUUUGCAAAGCAUCUGCCUUUUGAAUGUUCAUCCAAAUACCACCACAUCGAUCAUAAUUCAGGUUGUAAAUGAUGAUGGUGGUCUUCUCCCAUGUGCCAUCAAUGCAGCUUGUGCUGCCCUCGUGGAUGCUGGCAUUCCUUUGAAACAUCUUGCUGCUGCAAUAUGCUGUUCUCUAGCAAAAAAUGGACGGGUUCUUUUGGAUCCUAACAAGUCAGAGGAACAGAACAUGAAAGGAUUUGUAUAUUUAGCUUUUCCCAACUCGAUUCAGUCCGUGCUUCCUGAAGGAUCAUUACAAGUGGGAGGUGAACCAGUGGAACAUGGGAUUAUUACAUCUGUCACACAUGGUGCAAUGUCAGUGGAUGAUUACCUUCUUUGUCUGCAACGAGGACGGGCUGCAUGUGAGAAGUUAUCUGUCUUUAUCAGAAGCAGCUUAAAGUGACACAUUCCAAUUCACCUGUACAACUUUUGUGGGAGUUUAGGAUGCUGGGAGGCGGCGAAUCAUCAGUUUUCUUCUACCUCGGCAUCCUCGACUGCUAAAUGUUUGAUAAGCAUUGUUUUCUUUUGGUUGAAAUUCCAUUUGAGCUUUUGUUAUGGGGUGUGAAUCGGCUUGCAUGAGCCUGUGAUGCCAUGUACUGAUAAUCUUCUAGAUUUAGCAUGUUUCGUCUGUAAUCAGCACUGGAUGAAUGAUGAUGUAUAUCUCACUGCAAAGUUCUUUUGCAAGACUACUUAUUUUACCCAUUUUGUCA